CAAAAGUGUGAAGAAUAUGAGCAUCAAUUAAAAGAGUUAAGAAAUAAGGUUAAGGAACUUGAGGUUUCUUCGGAUUCAAAAGAUCAGAAGUGGAACAUGAAAAUGAACCGAUUUCUGACUGUCAUAACAUUUCAAUUCAGUUCACUACAGAAAAUGAAGUUAUCUUUGGAAUCCACUAAGCAAAAUGUAAUAAAAGAGCAAACGGUUUAUGCAGGGGAGUUGGAUCUAUUGGGUGUAAAACUUAAACCACUUCUACAGGCAGCUGAAAACUACCACGUUGUUAUGGCUGAAAAUAAAAAACUGUUCAAUGAGAUUCAAGAACUAAAAGGAAAUAUCAGAGUAUAUUGUCGAAUUCGACCAUCGGCAAUAGGAAAAUUGGAAAAAGAGUCUAUUGUUGAACACGUUGGUGAAAAUGAUUUGGUUGUGGCAAAUCCAUCCAAAGAAGGAAAAGAUACUCUUCGAUCAUUUAAAUUUAACAGGGUUUUCAACCCUGCCGCAACUCAAGCGGAGGUAUACUCCGACAUCCAAGACUUCACUAGAUCAGUUCUAGAUGGGUAUAAUGUGUGUAUAUUUGCUUAUGGUCAAACUGGUUCAGGGAAAACUUAUACAAUGACUGGUCCAAAUGGGGCAACAAGCGAGACUAUCGGUGUUAACUAUCGAGCUCUAAAUGACCUCUUCAGGAUUUCCACAAGUAGACAAAAUAUAGUGGAAUAUGAGAUCGGAGUUCAAAUGGUUGAGAUAUAUAACGAGCAAGUCCGUGACUUGUUAACAACAUAUGCUUCACCAAAAAGACUUGGGAUAUUGACUCAAUCUCGACCAAAUGGCUUAGUAGUCCCAGAUGCUAGCUUGUUCCCAGUGAAAUUACCUUCAGAUGUUAUUAAGCUAAUGGAAAUUGGACUUAAAAAUAGAGCCAUUGCUGCAACUGCUAUGAAUGAACGAAGUAGUCGUUCUCACAGUGUUGUCUCAGUUCACGUUACCGGGAAGGACUUAAAGACUGGUUGCACUAUGGCUGGUAAUCUUCAUUUGGUAGAUUUGGCUGGAAGUGAAAGAGUAGAUCGUUCUGAAGUAAUUGGGGAUAGGCUCAAAGAAGCACAGCAUAUAAACAGAUCACUAGCUGCCCUUGGAGAUGUUAUUUUUUCCCUUUCUCAAAAGAGCUCUCAUGUACCAUACAGAAACAGCAAGCUUACUCAACUUCUACAAACUUCUCUUGGUGGUCAAGCAAAGACGCUCAUGUUCGUCCAAAUCAAUUCAGACGUAAGUUCAUAUUCUGAAACUCUGAGCACUUUAAAGUUUGCUGAGAGGGUUUCUGGAGUUGAAUUAGGAGCUGCACGAAGUAACAAAGAGGGCAAAGACUUUAGAGAAAUGAUGGAACAGGUGUCUUCUUUGAAGAGCUCUAUUUUGGCAAAAGAUGAGGAGAUUGAGAGGCUUCAAGCCAUGAAAGGUUUAGCUGGUAGCAGAGUUAAGCGAAAUAUAAUUCCACGAAGUAGAAGUAGUAUCCAGUUACAAUCUGCUAGCCCCCAACCAAUUGAUGAUCAUGCACAACAAAAUGAUUUUGUUGCAACUGCAGAAACUUCAGGAUGUACAGAUUCUGAUUUUGACGGAAGAUCAAGUGAUUUUUCUGACGGUGGUGUUGCUGCAGGCACAGAAACUGAUGGUUCUGAAAAUUCCAGUCUCACUGAAGUCCCAAAACCACCAUCAGAGAAGAUGUCUAAAGGACUUCGCAGAACUGUUCAAGCGAUGAGGAAAUUUGGCCGAACUUCAUCAAACACAAUCCCUACAAUCCCCACCGCCGGCCCAGUAAAGGAACCAGUGAAGAAGUCAUCAAGUAUUAAAAAAAGCAUGAGUAUAGGCACCCUUAAGCCUCCAAAACUGUGGAAGUAAAGUAGGAAGCAGAAGCGACAAUUCAUAUUUCACUUUCACUCUUUGACCACCGUGUAAAUAUUUCAUUGGUAUGCAAUAGUUUACUUUUUUUUAGUCAUGUUGGUGACACUUUUGAGGGUAUUUGCAU